AUGUCCGACUUUACCGAUCACCUCAAGCCGGCUCACGAUGGAACAUCCACUCUACAAGCCGAACGCGAUGGCUCAGCGAUAAACGCUGAUGAGCUGGCAAAGCAUCUGCUGCGUCGUGACGGCUUCCUGCAGCGCCAGGAGAAAGUGCUCGGUGUUCUAAGCAGAGAGCAACUGUUCAAGAAAGGUCAGGAGCUCAAUCUGUCACGCCCCGAGCGAUAUCACCUAGGAUUGGCAAGGGCCAAAGCAAUACAAAGAAUCAUACGCAGGGAAGGCUGGGGUCACGCGGAUUACAGUAUGGCGGAAUACCUGACCGACGAAAUGUCGCCGUACUUUUUGCACAUGUCUAUGUUUGUUACCACAGUCCGCGAACAGGGCUCGGAGGAACAGCAAGCCUACUGGAUGCCUAAGAUCCUCGACCACGACAUCAUCGGCUGCUAUGCGCAGACUGAGCUUGGUCAUGGCAGUAACGUCCGCGGAUUGGAGACUACAGCAAGAUGGGACCCUAGAACGAAAGAGUUUGAUAUCCACAGCCCCUACCUCACCGCAAGCAAAUGGUGGAACGGAUCCAUGGGGCGAACAGCCACACAUGCUAUCGUUGUUGCACAGUUGCUGUUACCGAGCAGAGACGACCCGAACACCUACAACUCGCACGGCCCGCAAACAUUCCUGCUGCAAAUUCGUGACGCAAAGACUCACCAACCACUGUCAGGCAUAGCCGUAGGUGACAUCGGCCCGAAGUAUGGCUACGCAUCGAUGGACAACGGGUACAUGCUGUUUGACCACCACCGCGUCCCGAAAUCCGCAAUGUUGUCGCGUUACGCAGAAAUUUCGGAGGAAGUUGGGGUCUUCACACGGCGCGGUCAUCCGGCUGUAGUCUACGGAUCCCUGACUUUUGUGCGUGGUCAGAUUAUCAUGCAGGCGCGACUCGUGCUGGCGCGCGCCGUGACGGUCGCGGUGCGGUAUUGCAGCAUUCGUCGACAAUUCUCGGACCGUGAUUCCAAGUCGCACGAUGCGCCAGAAAUGAAGGUUCUCGACUAUCCCACGGUUCAGAUUCGGAUCCUACCACUACUUGCCACGACCUUUGCUUUGCAUUACACGGGAGAGUAUAUGUACAGACUCUACCACGAGUCCCGCUCAACAAUCGAGAAGGGUGACUUUGGGCCUCUGGCAGAGCUUCACAGCGCAUCCUCCGGACUGAAGUCACUAUGUACUACGCUCGCAGCUGACGGCAUCGAGAUCUGCCGGCGCGCGAUGGGCGGACAUGGCUUCGGUGGUGGCAGUGGUCUUAUUGGCCUGAACUCCGACUACCUUUCCAAGCCCACAGUAGAAGGUGACAAUUGGAUGAUAACCCAACAAGUGGCAUCAUACCUGAUUAAGAAGAUGCAACAAUGCGUAGAGAGCCCUGAUGCCGCCUCGAAGGAUCCGACAGACGAGCUCUUCAAGCACUAUCUACAAAACAAAGAUCAUAGGAUCCCAGAGUCUUAUCUUGACCCUCAAAAUGGAGAGAUCGAUGAUGCCAGUAUCGUCUCCGUCUUCCAGUGGCGAGCAGCAGCGCUUAGCUACACCGCAUACCAACACCGCGUCGAGCAGAAGAAGCCAUGGACGAAGAUGAUGAUCCAACUCCACGCGCUGUCUCGCGCUUACAGCGAGCAGAUCCUGAUCACCAACUUCUACAACGCGCUCAACUCCAUGCUGCAGCUGUCCAUUCCAACUCCAGAAGUACUCCGCAUCUGCUUCCGUCUCUUCGCGCUCUACACAAUGGAGCACUCAGCCACGUCAUUCAUUCUUACGACUUCCAUCUAUUCCUCCUGUCUCGCCGCGCAGCCAGAUUCUAUCCUAGAGCUGAUGUCGCAGCUCCGGCCGCACGCGGUCAAGUUGGUCGAUGCGUGGUCAAUACCGGACUUCUUACUCGACUCGGCGCUGGGCAGGUUUGAUGGCAAGGUGUAUGAGGAACUAUUCGACAUGGCGCAUCGCAGGAAUCCGCUCAACAAGGUCACGUUCAAUCCUGAUUAUCGGAGUGAGGAGAUCGUAUUGGGAAGUGGAGACGGAGGAAAGCAUAUUCUCGCAAAGCUUUGA